GGUGAUGCAGGUGUUAAACUUCUUAAUAAAUUAGGUCAUGCUGAACAAGCACUUGAAUUAGCAUGUGAACAACAUACAUUUGAAUUUGCAUUUGAUAUAGCACGACUUCUUCUCAAAGAUAAACUUCCCGAAGUUCAUUACAAAUAUGCACUUCAUCUUGAAGAUGAACGUCGUUACCUUGAAGCUGAAGCUGAAUUUCUUAAAGCUAAAAAACCAAGAGAUGCUGUUCUUAUGUAUGUUCAAAUUAAAGAUUGGGAUCGAGGUAUGAACAUUCUGAUAUAUAUAUAUAUAUAUAUAUAUAUAUAUAUAUAGAAAUAUUUCAAAAGUCAGUUAACCAAAGAAAAAAUUGAAUAUCUCCAUCAGUGCUUUACUAAACAAGUCUUUCUCGAUUACUUUCAACGAAAGAUCUCCUCAAUUAUUGAUCCCAAAGCUGCUAAAUCCAUAUUUCGCCAAUUAGUAGCGGGCCACUUAUUUAUUUUAACCUCCAAAGGAUUCAUUCUUUUGUGAAGUUUUGACCGCAAUGUUGAUGAUACAUUGCGUCCAACAGCACAUCACAAUACUAGUGAUAGCCAAUGCACCAGUCUUACGUACAAAUUUGGACUCGCCUAAACAUGUGCAUAAUAGACUACAGGUGAAGACAAUGAAUGCAUGAUAAAACUAUGAUAGUGUUUUCGAAAUUCAAAUCUAUAGGAAGGAGAUUUUUCGAAAUUCUUGUUUGAGAAAGGUUAAAUUCUCACGGUUUGGUCAUGUUUUAUAUGAAUCAGCUGUUUUCUUGAAACAGGCCGCCGCCGACCGAAAAAAUCAAAAUGAAUCUAAACUCAUCGUAGUUUUAUCAUGCGUUCAUCAUUAUUCUAUAUGUGCAUGUCCAGACCGAUCAAUAGUAACACUGGUGAUUAUCGUCACUGUUACAUCCCUAAUAUAGGUGUCUCUUUAUUGAUAUUGUAUAAAAUGUAGAGGUUUGAAAAACUGGCGUCCAAGAAGGAAGAAUUCACUAAAAAUUUAACAUGCCGGUCAAAACUCCUCAAAAGAGUGAAUCCCUUAGAGGUCAUUAUAAACAGGUUGUUUGCUACUAACUGGUGAAAUAUGGAUUUAGAAGCUCUGAAAACAACUUGGAAAAUCCUACGUCAAAAGUAAUCGAGAAAGACUUUUUUAGAUAUUCAAUUUUUGUUUUGGUUAACUGAAUUUUUGGGUCACUCUAUAUAAAU